GUAGAAUCAGCCGAGACAACAGAGACGGACACUUGACUUCCGCUUCAUCUGAGACUAAAAUAAAAUGGCGGAUCGGCUGCGCUGAAUUUAAAGGAGAAGGAUGAAGAUGAACUGAAGAAGAAGCCACGCAGCAGAAGACACAGCUUGGAAACACCACCCAACAUGUCUGGAAGUGAAGUAGCAUCACUUGAGGAAACACAAAGGGAGACUCCCUCCCCUGAGCAAGUCCGACUCACUCUGCCUGAGUUCAGGAUUGUGCUCGUUGGGAAGACUGGGGCUGGAAAGAGUGCAGCAGGAAACACUAUCCUGGGCAGAAGAGAGUUUAGAUCUGUGGUGGGCACAGGCUCAGUAACAAAAGAGUGUGAGAAGAAAAAAGGAGUCGUUGCAGGUAGAGACAUUGCUGUGGUCGACACACCAGGCUUCUUUGACACUGAGCUCUCUUCAGAGAAAGUUAAAAGUGAGACUGUACAGUGUAUUCCCAUGUCUUCCCCGGGACCCCACGUGUUUCUCUUGGUGAUACCUGUGGGACGUUUCACAAAGGAAGAGAAGGAAGCUGUGGAUAAAAUCGAGGAGAUCUUCGGUGAGGGAGCUGCAAAGUACACCAUGGUCCUUUUCAGCCGUGGAGAUGAUCUGUUAGACAAGACCAUUGAAGAGUACAUCCAGGAAGCCAGCAGAGAACAUAAUCAACUUCUUGAGAAGUGUGGGAACAGGUAUCAUGUCUUCAACAGUAGGAACAUGAACGAUCGCACCCAGGUCACUGAGCUACUGGAGAAAAUAGAGGCAAUGGUGGCAGAGAACGGAGGCACAUGCUACACCAACGAAAUGUACCGGGAGGUGGAGGCAAAGAUCAGAGAGAUGGAACAGAGAUUAAAACAGCAGUAUGAUGAGGAACUGCACAGGAAGGAAGAGGAGUUGAGAGCAAAGUUCCAGAAAGAAAUCGAUGAGUUAAAGGAGAAGACGGAAGAGAAGUUUGAAAAACUGGAUGAAGAGAUGAAACGAAGAGAUGAGAGGAUUAAAGACAUGGAGGAAAAGCACUUGCGCGAGCGUGAGGAAUUGAAGAGGUUACAUGAGGACAAGCACAGAAAUGCGAGAGGAGAAGCAGAACAAUCCAUUGACAUGUAUGGUUAUGCCACAGGCUGGUUAAGCCGUUUCCUUACUGGUUUGAAACUGUAAAAAUGCCAGAUGUGUGCAGGAAACAGAAUCCAAAGAACUUGGGAUUCUACCUAAUUUUGUACAUAACUGACUGAACAGUAUAUGUAAAUAAGUGUAAAUUUGUGCAGUUUUGAUAAUGUUACCUAAAUGUAUCAUUGUAUAUUUUUACUAAUUAACCCUGUGAUGCCCCAGCAGUCACUAUUUACAGGAUUACUGUAUGAACCCUGGAGUCCUGUGCCCCUCCCCACAUAUCAAGGCAGCAUCCAGGGCAUAUCUCUUUCCAUGAGAAAUUCAGAUUCUUUUUUGUCUGCUUAUUUUGCAUGAGCGAAAUAAAAGGGCACCUGGUGUCCAUGUGGCCCCUAUAGAGCCCCAGUGACAUUGUGCCUGUACCUAGGCCUUUCUAAAUGUUCCCCAAUGUUUUACAAUAUCCAGAUGAUUCAGACGUUUCAAGAAUAUUCUGGAAUAUUACAUGGACAAAUUUAGAAUAUUUUAGAAAUCAUGACAUUUGUUAUGAAUAUUUUUUUUAUAUUAUACAUUAUUAUUAUUAUUUAGCCAGGGCGACUUAGUCGUAAACAAAAAUACAUUUCAAGAAUCACAGUACAAGUAUUAAUACAAUUAAGAGCAAGAUAAAUACAAUGACUUCGGUUCUAGCAAGUACAAGUAUAUGACAAAAUACGAUUCAAUAACGGAGCAAAUAAGUGUCAGUAAAAGUUACAAGUGAACAUUUUGACACGUUAAACCUGGGUUUCUAACAAAUAAAUCAGUGAAUUUAAAUAUUUUGUUUACACUUGGCAAGUCAACAUUUAGUUAACAUUUCUAACAAAUAAAUCUGUGAAAAAAUACAUGUAACAACUGUUUUUUUGUUUGUUUUGUUUAAACUUGGCAAUUCAACAGUUACCUGGCAGAUACAUCUGAAAAACAUUGUUCAGCAAUUAAACCUUAGGUUUUCACAAAAUAGCCUACAGUAUGCACAUCGGGAGCAAAGUGAACGACACGAAUACAGCACGAGUACAAAAAAAACAUAGCUAGUCAUGAAAAGAAAAGACUGUCUCCUUUUUCUAUUUUGUGGAGAUUAAAUAAAAUAAAUAAAACACAGAAGAACAUGGGAACACCACACACUAAAAAAAGGAAAGAGUUUAGGGAAUAUCACAGGCUUGUGAAAGAGCUAAUGUGAUUAUUAUUAUUAUUAUUAUUAUCGGUCAACAUUAUUAAAACAAACAAGCAUCAUUUUACAGAAAUACGAAACCAGUGUGUGGCGCUCCCCGUCACUUGGACUAAAAUUAAGGUGAAAUAAAGAGAGAUAGACAUACCAUCAAUUUCCAAUUCUUCUGCUAUUUCUUGACAUGUGGCAUCCUCCUUUUUAUUGUCUUUAACCACGGACACUGGCAUCAUAAAGAACAUAUUUUUUGACUUUAAUAAUGAAAUUCUCAUUGGUGUCCAUUUUUUUUAUUUCUGUGGUAAUGUCUGUGUGAGCAAGACACUGGCAGUCUGACAGCCACUACCUUUGACCUUAUUUCUAAUUGAUCCAUUGUGACAGUCUUCUAGUGCAGGAGAAGCGGAGAGGUCAAGUGGGGGUGUAGGGAGAGAUGAGGGUCUGGAGGUACCUGGGUGCAGUCUGGUCAAGGUAUCUGUAGGCGAGUACAAGUGUCUUGAACUGGAUGCGAGCGGUGAUCAGGAGCCAGUGGAGUUGCAUUGGAGAAGCUAGGCAGAGAGAACACCAGGCGAGCAGUGGAGUUCUGGAUGAGCUGGAGUGGACGGGUGGCGGAUGCAGGGAGGCCAGCCAGGAGGGAGUUGCAGUAGUUUAGGUUGGAGAGUACCAGGGCCUGGACCAGGAGCUGGGUGGCGUAGUUGGUGAGGAAGGGUCGGAUUCUUCGUAUGUUGCUCAGGAAUAACCGGCAAGUGUGUGCCACAGUGAAGAUGUGCUGGGAAUAAGAGAGGCAGGGGUCCAGGGUGACUCUGAGGUUCUUAGCUGAGGAGGAGGGAGAGAGUGUGGCAGAUUCCAGAGGAAUGGAGAUAGAGAGAUCAGAGGAGGAGGGAAAGAAAAGGAGGUCAGAUUUAGAGAGGUUGAGUUUGAGGUGAUACGAGUGCAUCCAGGACGAGAUAGCAGACAGACAGGUAGAGAUACGGGAGGGGAUGGUGGAGUCAGAGGUGGGGAAUAAGUAAAAUCUGAGCAUCAUCAGCAUAGAAAUGGUAUGAGAAACCAUAGGAAGUGAUGAGAGGGCCCAGGGAGUAGGUGUAGAAAGACAAAAGGAGAGGACCCAAGACUGACCCUUGGGGGACUCCUGUUAAGAGAGGGUGAGGUGUGGAGGUUGCUCCAUGCCAGGUUACCUGGUAAGUGCGGUUGGAGAGGUAGGAGGAGAACCAGGCCAGAGCAGUGCCAGAGAUUCCCAGGUCAGUGAGAGAGGAUAGUAGAAUAGAGUGAUCGACAGUGUCAGAGGCAGCAGAGAGGUCGAGGAGAAUUAGGACAGAGGAGAGAGAGGCAGCUCAGGCAGAGUUAAGUGAGUUGGUGACAGACAGGAGGGCAGUUUCAGUGGAGUGAGCAGAGCGGAAGCCAGAUUGGAGAGGGUCGAGCAGAGAGCUGUCGGUGUACAUAGGAGGCUGUGUGGUCUAGUGGUUAAAGAAACGGGCUUGUAACCAGGAGGUCCCUGGUUCAAAUCCCACCUCAGCUACUGACUCAUUGUGUGACCCUGAGCAAGUCACUUAACCUCCUUGUGCUCCGUCUUUCGGGUGAGAUGUAAUUGUAAGUGACUCUGCAGCUGAUGCAUAGUUCACACACCCUAGUCUCUGUAAGUCGCCUUGGAUAAAAGUGUCUGCUAAAUAAACAAUUAAUAAUAAUACAGUCCACUCGAGGGUUUUGGAGAGGAAGGGUAGGAGGGAGACAGGACGGUAGCUCUGAAGGGAGGUGGGGUUGAAAGUAGGUUUUUUGAGGAGGGGAGUGAUAGAGGCUUGUUUGAAGGCAGAGGGAAAGAGACCAGAAGGGAGAGAGGUGUUGUGAAGGGAGGAAAUUAAGGGAAGUAGAGCAGGAGCAGCAGCUUGAAAGAGGUGAGUGGGGAGGGGGUCCAGGGCACACGUGUGUAUAUAUUAAUUUGGAAUCAGCAAUUUUUUUUAACCCAUUUUAAUUGGAGGUCCCCAAUUUUAAAUGCCCAAUUUUUAAGCCUGGCUCACCGCUGCAACCCCCGCACUGACUCGGGAUGAGAAAACAAAGCAUUCAUAGUAAAAGAAGAUGCAAGAUGCCAUUUGUGUGACUGGAGAAAGGAACGCAAGUCAAAACAAACAUGUGCAAUGGUGAACAUACAGAUUCAGCAUGCAUGCAGCUCCUACAACAGUGAAGAAGAGCCACACAAUGUUUAGAACUAACUGUAGAUAAAAUGGAGCAUUCUGUGUAUUAUGUAUGUGCUUUUGUUCCACCUUAUUCAGUAGUUAUGCUGUAAUUAAAUAU